GGUGGCUGAGACGAGCUCCCCGCCGGCAGGACCCCGCUGAGAGAUGUCGACCCCGGAUCCUCCCAUGGGGGGGACCCCAAGACCAGGCCCCUCCCCUGGACCCGGCCCCUCCCCGGGGGCCAUGUUGGGCCCCAGCCCCGGCCCCUCCCCCGGCUCCGCCCACAGCAUGAUGGGCCCCAGCCCCGGGCCCCCCUCGGCGGGACACCCCCUGCCCCCCCAGGGACCGGGGGGCUACGCUCAGGACAACAUGCAUCAGAUGCACAAGCCCAUGGACUCCAUGCACGAGAAGGGAAUGACCGAGGACCCUCGUUACGGCCAGAUGAAAGGGAUGGGGCUGCGGCCCGGGGGGCACGCGGGGAUGGGGCCUCCUCCCAGCCCCAUGGACCAGCACUCGCAAGGCUACCCCUCUCCGCUCGGCGGCUCCGAACACGCCUCCAGCCCGGUCCCGGCCAACGGUCCAUCCUCUGGUCCUCAGAUGUCCUCGGGACCUUCUGGGGUCCCUUUGGAUGGCACUGACCCCCAAGCUUUGGGGCAACAGAACCGGGGGCCCACCCCUUUUAACCAGAACCAGCUGCACCAGCUGAGAGCCCAGAUCAUGGCCUACAAGAUGUUGGCCAGGGGACAACCUUUGCCCGACCACCUCCAGAUGGCCGUGCAGGGCAAGAGACCCAUGCCUGGAAUGCAGCAGCAGAUGCCGACACUACCUCCCCCUUCCGUCUCCGGGACUGGACCAGUGCAAGGACCAGUACAAGGGCCUGGACCGGGACCCACACCUCCAAACUAUAACAGACCUCACGGUAUAGGAGGGCCUAACAUGCCCCCUCCCGGACCCUCAGGAGUUCCCCCAGGAAUGCCUGGACAACCCCCCGGCGGCCCCCCCAAGCCCUGGCCAGAAGGUGAGACCCCAGGGGCGGUGAUGCCCCCCCAGACCCAGUCCCCGGGGCAGCCGGCCCAACCUGCCCCCAUGGUCCAGCUCCACCAGAAGCAGAACCGCAUCACCCCCAUCCAGAAACCCCGCGGGCUCGACCCAGUGGAGAUCCUGCAGGAAAGGGAGUACAGGCUGCAGGCUCGCAUCGCCCACAGGAUCCAGGAGCUGGAGAACCUCCCCGGCUCCUUGGCUGGUGACCUGAGAACCAAAGCUACCAUUGAACUCAAAGCACUACGGCUGCUCAACUUCCAGCGCCAGCUGCGGCAGGAGGUGGUGGUGUGCAUGAGGAGGGACACGGCCCUGGAGACGGCGCUGAACGCCAAGGCCUACAAGCGCAGCAAGAGGCAGUCCCUACGUGAGGCUCGCAUCACCGAGAAGCUGGAGAAGCAGCAGAAGAUCGAGCAGGAGCGGAAGCGUCGGCAGAAGCACCAGGAAUACCUCAACAGCAUCCUCCAGCACGCUAAAGAUUUCAAGGAAUACCAUCGCUCCGUCACCGGCAAGAUCCAGAAGUUGACCAAGGCGGUGGCCACCUACCACGCCAACACCGAGCGCGAGCAGAAGAAGGAGAACGAGAGGAUCGAGAAGGAACGGAUGCGCCGUUUGAUGGCUGAGGAUGAGGAGGGCUACCGCAAGCUCAUCGACCAGAAGAAGGACAAGCGCUUGGCCUACCUGCUGCAGCAGACGGACGAGUACGUGGCCAACCUGACGGAGCUGGUGCGGCAGCACAAGGCCGCCCAGGUGGCCAAGGAGAAGAAGAAGAAGAAGAAGAAGAAGGAGAACGAGAGGAUCGAGAAGGAACGGAUGCGCCGUUUGAUGGCUGAGGAUGAGGAGGGCUACCGCAAGCUCAUCGACCAGAAGAAGGACAAGCGCUUGGCCUACCUGCUGCAGCAGACGGACGAGUACGUGGCCAACCUGACGGAGCUGGUGCGGCAGCACAAGGCCGCCCAGGUGGCCAAGGAGAAGAAGAAGAAGAAGAAGAAGAAGAAGGCGGAGAACGCGGAGGGGCAGACGCCGGCCAUCGGACCCGAUGGGGAGUAUGAAGUAGCUCCGAGAUCUGACAGUGAAGAAAGUGGGUCAGAGGAGGAGGAGGAGGAGGAAGAGGAGGAGCAGCCGGCGCCGGCUCAGCCCGCCCUCCCCGUGGAGGAGAAGAAGAAGAUCCCUGACCCCGACAGCGACGAUGUCUCGGAGGUGGAUGCCAGACACAUCAUUGAGAACGCAAAGCAAGACGUGGACGACGAAUACGGGGUGUCUCAGGCCCUGGCCCGGGGGCUCCAGUCCUACUACGCGGUGGCCCACGCCGUCACCGAGAGGGUGGACAAACAGUCCACGCUGAUGGUCAACGGCGUCCUCAAGCAGUACCAGAUCAAAGGGCUGGAGUGGCUGGUGUCCUUGUACAACAACAACCUGAACGGGAUCUUGGCCGACGAGAUGGGGUUGGGCAAGACCAUCCAGACCAUCGCGUUGAUCACAUACCUCAUGGAGCACAAGCGCAUCAACGGGCCCUUCCUCAUCAUCGUACCUCUCUCAACUUUGUCGAAUUGGGCCUAUGAGUUCGACAAGUGGGCGCCUUCGGUGGUGAAGGUCUCCUACAAGGGCUCCCCAGCAGCGAGACGGGCGUUCGUACCUCAGCUCCGGAGCGGGAAAUUCAACGUCUUGCUCACCACCUACGAGUACAUCAUCAAAGACAAGCACAUCUUGGCCAAGAUCCGUUGGAAGUACAUGAUCGUGGACGAGGGCCACCGCAUGAAGAACCACCACUGCAAGCUCACCCAGGUCCUCAACACCCACUACGUGGCCCCGCGGCGGCUGCUGCUGACGGGGACCCCCCUGCAGAACAAGCUGCCCGAGCUCUGGGCCCUCCUCAACUUCCUCCUCCCCACCAUCUUCAAGAGCUGCAGCACCUUCGAGCAGUGGUUCAACGCCCCCUUCGCCAUGACGGGCGAGAAGGUGGACCUCAACGAGGAAGAAACCAUCCUCAUCAUCCGGCGCCUGCACAAGGUGCUGCGUCCCUUCCUGCUGCGCCGCCUGAAGAAGGAGGUGGAGGCCCAGCUCCCCGAAAAGGUGGAGUAUGUCAUCAAGUGUGACAUGUCUGCGCUGCAGAGGGUCCUCUACCGGCACAUGCAGGCCAAGGGGGUGCUGCUCACCGACGGCUCCGAGAAGGACAAAAAGGGGAAGGGGGGCACGAAGACCCUGAUGAACACCAUCAUGCAGCUGCGGAAGAUCUGCAACCACCCCUACAUGUUCCAGCACAUCGAGGUACGUUGGGUCCCCCCCCCUGGGGCUGCCCUGACCCCCAAAUCCUGGAAAAGUUGGAGGGGGGAGGGCAAGAAAACUCUUCUAUCCCAUCCUAAAUGGAGAGAAAACAACGAUUUUUGCAGCAAAACCUCCCCAAAUUCUAUCUCCUCUCCUCAUUUUUUAAUUCCCCCCUCCCUCUCCAUCCCCGGAUGAGGGAGGAGAUGGUUUCCACCACCCCUGCUCCUCAGGGAUGACUCAGAGAACGUUGGGGGUGCAACCUCCUGUCUGUGUCCCCCCAUCCCCAUCCUAGGCUACUUUUUGGGUGAAAAAAAUGUGGUUUUAUCCCCUUGUGUCCCCCCCCUGCAGGACCUGCAGGCUCAGGACCGAGCCCACCGCAUCGGGCAGCAGAACGAGGUGCGCGUCCUUCGCCUCUGCACCGUCAACAGCGUGGAGGAGAAGAUCCUGGCGGCUGCCAAGUACAAGCUGAACGUGGACCAGAAGGUCAUCCAGGCCGGCAUGUUCGACCAGAAAUCCUCCAGCCACGAGCGGAGAGCCUUCCUCCAGGCCAUCCUGGAGCACGAGGAGCAGGAUGAGGAGGAAGAUGAGGUCCCCGAUGACGAGACGGUCAACCAGAUGAUCGCGCGGCACGAGGAGGAGUUUGACCUUUUCAUGCGCAUGGACCUGGACCGUCGGCGGGAGGAGGCGAGGAACCCCAAGCGGAAGCCCCGGUUGAUGGAGGAGGACGAGCUUCCAUCUUGGAUCAUCAAGGACGACGCGGAGGUGGAGAGGUUGACCUGUGAGGAAGAGGAGGAGAAGAUGUUUGGGAGGGGCUCCCGCCACCGCAAGGAGGUGGAUUACAGCGACUCGCUGACCGAGAAGCAGUGGCUCAAGGUAUACAUGGUACCCAGCAGUGGACGGCAGCUGAGCGAGGUCUUCAUCCAGCUGCCCUCCCGCAAGGAGCUCCCCGAGUACUACGAGCUCAUCCGCAAACCCGUCGACUUCAAGAAGAUCAAGGAACGGAUCCGGAACCACAAAUACCGGAGCCUGAACGACCUGGAGAAGGACGUGAUGCUGCUCUGCCAGAACGCCCAGACCUUCAACCUGGAGGGUUCUCUGUCUGGAUUAAGAGCCAGGAUUAUUCCAGCCCAGGUGGACUUGCUCGUCUUGAACCUCAUGAGGUUCACCUGGACCCACCUCCCCAGUCUGUACUGA